ACCUUGUGUUAAAUUAGAACGGCUUGUGCACCCGACAAUGCUAUUUUAGUACACACCUCUAUUAAUAGACACACUUUGACACAGCCAAGGUGACUUCCCUUUUAUUUUUGUACAAUGUGUCUACUGUAGCACAGCCAUUUUGGUCGCUCAAGAGGGGACCGGAGAUGGUGAAAACUCAAGUUAUUUCUCAUUCAAGUUCUCCACGGUCGAUUUAUAGAUUUGCUUAAAUAACACAGGGAAACCCCCAUAUUAUUUCAAGUUUGUUGCAAUGUGUUCAUCCGAGUUCCUGUAGUUGAAAAGGAUUUCAAAUUAAACAACCUUAAAUCAUCAUCAUAGCUUACACUUACAUUGACAUAGAAGCAGGUUUUCACAGGUGAUGGAUCUAUUGUUAGCUGGGCUGUUUGUGUUGGUCGUCAUCUUGACCGCUUGGCUCAUUUACGUAAGUUGCUUGUCAGCAUUCGCCAUGCUUGAACUUUAAAUAAUAUUUAUUUUAUUUUUUUUUAAAUGUAUCCCUUUCUUUCAAGGCAUACGUCAAAAUAUCACGCAGAUAAUUCGGGUUUUGCUUGACCAGGGACACCAUCGUUAUCUUUAUAAUAUGUCCGUUAUUAUUUAAUUUUAUGUUUAUUAUUUUGUUUAUAAAGCUCAGUAUUUUAUAUCAAGGGUUAUUUUGUAGAAAUAUUAUUAUUGUUAUUUUACUCUUUAUGUUAUUUGGAAUUAACAAUAAAAAUGAUAAUUUAUCAUCGUUCUGAUAUUAUACCAAAAACCAUUGGCCUAGCUUUUAAUGUGGUCGCCCGAGAAAAAUAAAGUAUUACGAUUCUUGAUAACAUGUCAUCGCUUCCCUUUAAUAAACUAAUUAUAAGAGUGUUGGACUGCGAUAAAACUUUAAAGUAGAUUAAUUGGACACAAACAUUGUGACACAAACAUUGUGACACAAACAUUGUGACACAAACAUUGUGACACAAACAUUGUGACACACACAUUGUGACACAAACAUUGUGACACAAACAUCGUGGCACAAACAUUGUGACACAAACAUUGUGACACAAACAUUGUGACACAAACAUUGUGUGUCUCUUAAACAUUAUAGACGUUUCGGCAAGUGUCUUCAUCGGUGCAAAAAAAAAUAAAAAAUAUUACAUCUAAACGUGAAGAUUUGUAUUUUGUAUAAUCAUCCUUAAAGCUGAAGCUAUAUUGUUUAAUCCAUAAAAAUUGUUUGUCUCAAGCUAAUCUACCUUUGAUACUCCUUAUCAAGCCACACCGACCCUCUAACACUCACCCUCUAACACUCACCCUCUAACACUCACCCUCUAACACUCACCCUCUAACACUCACCCUCUAACACUCACCCUCUAACACUCACCCUCUAACACUCACCCUCCAACACUCACCCUCUAACACUCACCCUCUAACUGAGUGGGAGAUUGUGAGUGGGAGAUUGUGAGUGGGAGAUUGUGUCACCCUCUAACACUCACCCUCUAACACUCACCCUCUAACACUCACCCUCUAACACUCACCCUCUAACACUCACCCUCUAACACUCACCCUCUAACAUUCACCCUCUAACACUCACCCUCUAACACUCACCCUCAAACACUCACCCUCUAACACUCACCCUCUAACACUCACCCUCUAACACUCACCCUCUAACACUCACCCUCUAACACUCACCCUCUAACACUCACCCUCUUCGCACUCUUAAUCCGCACCCUCUCCUCCAAAAGCCCCACCCCUCUCACUAAAUCCCCACCUUCUCACGCUCCUUGCUUAUAACUAAAGUCUAGCACACCUUUACCAUUGACCUGUUCCCCCAUGCCAUCUCUCUCACACCUUUACCAUUUACCCGCUCCCCCAUGUCAUCUCUCUCACACCUUUACCAUUUACCUGUUCCUCCCUUCCAUCUCUCUCACACAUUUACCAUUUACCUGCCCCUUCCCCUCUUCCACUUCUCUCACACCUUUACCAUUUACCUGUCCCCGUCCCCCCCCUGUUAUCUCUCUCACACCUGUACGAUUUACCUAUUCCCCAAUUUCACCUCUCUCUAUUUUACCCUUUACCCUCAUAGCCCCAUUACCCACCCGCUGCGUUUCGUCCUGUUUCCUUUAACAGUUCAUUGGUGGUUUUUUCCAACAUACUAUGCCACGUCAUCACAUAUCUCCCUUGAUCUUUAGUCCAUCUCUCCACAACCCUCUCCUUUCAGACCCCUUUGCUUUGCCUUAACACAAAGAUAUGACUCCAACUCCACUUGCUAGGAAGGCGCCCCAAACAUAUCAUAAUAUCCCGUGUAAAGAAUAGCUUUUUAUUAUUGUGUAGAUCAAAAUUUGUAUUGAGACCCUCCCAAAAUUAUUUGGGGUGGGGGGUGGGGAUGGGGGCGGGGGCAGUGGGGAUAAUUUCAAUCACAUGAAAAUGUUCCACCAAUAAUCAAAAGUUACGAAAUAAAAAUUCCCAUCCCAAAAUUUCGGUAAGCUCGCUAGAACAUUACCCUUAUUCAAAAUGGUGAGUUCGACGCUCACACUCUUAAGGGUUGCUCAGGUCCAGCCCGGGUCGCGUGGCCUCCUUAGCCAAUUUGCCUUUAGCACUCUCACUGGGCUCUUCGUGAUCUUCCCUUGCUAUCGUUUUUUCUAAACUUUAUGUUUUGUUGUUAUUGUUUUUCCCUCUUCUUGUAAAACGGUGCUAGCAUUCAUUCUUCCGUUCUUUUAUUUUCCUUCAUUUGUGUAUUUCCAUUCAACCCAAUACUAGAACAGAUCCAGUAUAGCGCCACCACCGCCACCAACGGCACCACAAAGCGCCGGUAGCCAGCGUGACAACGCAGUCCACAAAGACGUGUUCUGUAGGAGAUCCGAAGAUUCGCCUUCCCUCGAUCUCCAUGGCGCCUCGGUGCAGGGAGCCAAGCGAAGAGUCGUAAAGUUUCUGCAAGAACGCUCCGACGGUAAACAUUAAUUUACUCUUACGAAACAGGAAUUGCCACGUUCGAUAGCUUCGUUGUCCAGGGUUGCAAUCAUUAAACAAACCAUUGAUUCUUAGAAUAAACGUCUUUUUAUUAAAUAUUUAAAAAGCAAACAACUCAUGAAAUCCAACACUUCUUCACGGCAAUCGUUCCACACCAUCACAACAAGCUAACACGUCAUUUCCCCUUACCCAAAUACGUCACAACAUCUCAACACGAUAGGUACAGCUACGCAUAUACUCUCUUCACCAAACCCCCUUUUCAUACCAAACCUAAAUCUAGUUCACAACAGUAAACACAUAUUUACGUUCAUCAUUUUGACUUGAAAUGCAAUUUCGCCUGGAGGUGGAUGUCAACAAAAAUGUUGGUGGUUGCGUGCACGGGUUGAUUCCUGUGGAGGAAAAAUGGGAGGGGGGGGGGAAACUCACCCAUGAUUCCUCCCUUCCGAAAUACAUAGUUUCUUAUUCCUCAAAGGAAAAGAGAGAAAAAAAAAGAGUACAUUAUCGCCGUCCACGCGCGUUCCUGCAGGAAUCGAGCCCGAAUGACGUGCCCAUGUUCAAUGAUAGUCAAUACCAGUCAGGUUUAAAAAAAAAAAGUGUGUUAAUAGGUUUAACCGUUUUGUUCUUUUGUACCUCAGUAUACUUUAACGGCGGGAUGAGGCUACUGGACCGGUACGUCUACAUCGUGACCGGACCCGGUGGCCACAGCGAGUUGGACCGGGCGAGCAUUCAUGAGGACAUGAUCAGCUACUUGGCGGAGAACGGCUACAGGUUAGUGCUGUCUAGUUCGAGAUUAUUUCUAAAUUCUUUGGCGCUACUGGCGUCUCGGGAAUACUUAAAACAACCUUAAGAUCAUUACCUCCCCUUCCAUUACCCACGUAACGACUUAACAUAUUUGUCUGAGAUUACCUCUCCUCCAAUACCCAUGUAACGUCUUAUCAUAUUUAAUUUGUGUGAUAAUUUAGGUCAAGGCUUCCGUGGAUCUGCAUUAAAAAAUAAAUCCAUAUCUUAUCUUUAUUAUCCCUUUGGUGUGACUCGUGGACUGCUUCCCAACAGCUGGCUGCUUCCUAUUCAGCGUAUUUGGUAUUGAGAGUUUAUUACAAAGAAUUCUAUAUGUUUGAAAGAAUGUAUGGUUCAAUAAUGACGGCAAUAGCGGGCAAAAUGUAAUUCCCGAUAACUACGCUAAUUGAUUUUAAAAAUGUUUAAAUAACGCAACUGUGUUUGGUGCGUGAUAUUUGCUUUUUUUUUUGGAAAAAUGAAAUGGUCUCAAUUUAAAUAUGCUGUAAAAAUAUUCGGUUUAAAAGUGGUUGGGACAUCACAAUAUCUAAUCUAGUUCAUGGGCAUGAAAAAAAAAAAGUGUUCAGUGGCGUAUCAUGGAGGGCAUUGAUUAGGGUAAACUGUUCCAUAAUUUUGGCGCUAUCGGUUCAAAAGAGCGCACUCCGUAUGACUUUUCUCUGUGUCCAUCCACACUGGGAACUCUCAGUAAGGACUGUGUUGAAGACCGCAGGUUCUUUAAGGAUACGUGCAAUAUGGUGGACUAUAUCUUUAGUAAUAGCUAUAUAAAUCAACAUUUUGAAACAAACUUCAUGUGCAGCUUUUUAACAUUUAUUAUGGUUUAAAAUAUACCUUUUAAUGUGAACCUAAUUCAAUUUCAUUUGAAGGUAAUAAAUUUAAAAAAAGUAUGUUUUGUCGCGAAUGACCAUGCUGAGAUGUUGUUUAAAAGUAGCAGAGCCUUGGACCCUUCGACCUUUACCAUCUAUAGUGGGCCCCGGAUGUUGAAGGGCCCCAAUGUUGUGAUGGGGAAAACAAAGUCUCAAUUACAAAUGCAAGGGACAAAAACCGAAAUAUGGUGACACUAAAACCGAAAUGUGGUGACACAAAAACCGAAAUGUGGUGACUCAAAAACCGAAAUGUGGUAACAUUAAAACUGAAAUGUGGUGACACUAAUACCGAAAUGUGGUGACACAAAAAUUUUACGGGACGCCCUGAAGUAUGAGUUGGUGUGUGUUUAGAAUAUAGAACAUGUCAGGGUAUAAACAUCUCAAUGAGAAUGUCUACUUAUCCAUAUGUAUAUUUCAGUUACAAAUAUACAUCUUGUCACAGAUAUGAAUAUAUGGGAGAUAAGUAAUAAGGGAGUUACUGCUUAUGUAAUAUACAGAGUAUAGGGACUUGGAGAAAACUAGCCAAUCCGAGGAGAGCAAGGAGAGACAAUAUGUAGCGUAAAUAAUUUGACAUUUGAAUUGACGAAGUUUAUGUAGGAAGAUAGAUUGAACAGAAAACGUUUAUGUUUAAAUUUGAAGAGUUAUUGUGUGUUAACGCUUUAUCAAGUAAAGAAGUUUAUGGAGAAGCUAGCAUUCAAAGACAUAUGAUAUAUUUCAAGCAGUGUUUCUUUCAGAAAUUUUCCCCAGUUGGGGGGGGGGUCACUUCAGAUUUUCCGGGGGGGGGGCAGUGCCAGGCUAUCCAGUUGAUUUAUUGUUGGACAUAUUUUUGCUCAGGGGGGCACUUGGUUUUCCCCGGGGGGGGGCAUUGUACCCCCCUCCCCCGGAGAUAUAGCUGAAAGAAACCCUGAUUCCAAGUGUUUUCGGAUCUAGUAUGUUCGGCAUGAGACGUGGACCUAUUCCUUAUUGACUAUUACUAUUAUAUUUAUUGUGAUCGAGUGUAAUAAAGUAUUAGUCACUGUUAGACCACUACGCAUCUGUUAUGAUUUACAAUGCAUUGUGAUUGUGACACCUCUCAUUUAGAAUGUCUUCCUAUCUGUGUCUCUAUUUCAGUUACAAGUGGAGAAACCCAGACGAGGCUGAGGUCGACUUACUGUCUUCAGAGAAUUCUUGAGCAACGAUUUUUUGUUUCAUUGUUAUUAUGAUAUAUGUUAUUAUAGUUACUUUGUACGGUAUUAUUUUGUUGCUGUUAUCAAGUAGUUAUUUUUGUAUCACUAUUAUGAAAAGUUACUUUUGUUACAAGUUCUACUUGUGAACGUGUUAUUGUUGAUGGUUUUUAUAUCACAUAUCAAUAAGUAUUAAAGUCUUGGCAUUCUAGGAUGUAUUCAUUAAUUCACAGACUGUUUAUAUUCACAAAAUGAAGUCCAAAUAAACUGAUUCGACUCAGCAUUGAGCAACAAAAAUGUAGUCUUUCCUUUUCUGACUUAAUAAAUGCGUACCAAUCCAUUAUAUUUUUUUACAUUUACUUUAAAAUUUUUUAAAAGUGUUCUAUGAUUACCUUCAACAAAUGUAUGUGUUCUUACAUUUAAAAAGAUCAGAGUUAAAAGUAAAUAGAAUGCCAACUUGGCACUGCCCACCCGAACACUUGAAAGGCGCUCCCCCCCCCCAACCCGGAGGAAGUAGUCUGAAAGAAAUACUGCCUGAAACUUCUACGACUGCAGGGGCCUCUGAUAUUAAAGGGGCCCCAAGUUGUGAUAUGGGAAAACAAAUUUAACUCUCAACUUUUUGAUGCUGAAGAGGGGUUUCCAAAACGUAAAGGCGGGGGCCUCCAAAAGUCACGCCACUGCCGUGAAAGUAUAAGUUUGUGUGAAUCUAGAUUUUUAGAGCGUUGCAGGGUAUAUACAUCUCAGCUGGAAUGUCUUGUUAUUUUUGUCUAUUUUCGGUAACGAAUGGUGAAACCUUGAAGAACCGGAAGUCGACUUACUGCCUUCAGAGAAUUCUUGAGCAUCGAUUUUUGAAAUUUUACAAUGAAUGUGUAAUCCGCGACACAUAUGAUAAUGUUACAAUGAAGGCCUUUUGUUAUUUUGUACAGUAUUCUUUUGUAUUGUUAAUAUGUAGUGAUUUCAGAUAACUAUAAUAACUAUUUUCAAUACACUUCAUCUGUGUUAUACCACUUAUACACACCUGUGUUAUACCAUUUAUACACAUCUGUGUUAUACCACUUAUACACAUCUGUG